AUGGCUGGCUGUAAUACAGACUGCGUGGAGAAACCGAUCUCCAUCGGCUUUCAGAAGUUUGGACGUUUUGUGGGAAGACAUCCUUGGUGGUUCUUUUUAUCGCCUUUAUUUAUUUCUGCUGUGCUUGGGAGUGGAUUUUAUUUUCUGGAAGAUCGUGAAGCGAAUAACAUCGAGGAGCAGUUUACACCUGUUAAUGGCCCUGCCAAACUGGAUCGGCUGUUUGUUCAGGAGAACUUUCCACAGAACGACUCGGUGUUUUCCAGCCAGAGGCUCUACACGGAUGGAGUUUACGCAUCGUUUAUUGCAGUCUCGAAAUCGCCCAACAUUCUGACUGAAGACGCACUGAAUGAAAUAUUGACCUUAGACAAAAAAGUUAAAGAGCUGAAUGCUUCAAUGGGUCAUGAUGUGUUAACUUAUGAUGGGCUAUGUGCCAGAAAAUACAACAAAUGCAUGCCAAAUAAGAUACUAGAUGUUGUGAAUUAUUAUGGCAAUAAAAUUGAGCGGACUGAGCUCACUUUUCCUUUUCUGCGAUUCGGAUUUACACAUAUUUUUCUGGGAUAUACUGUCGGUGGAGUAACGCUCAAUUCCACUGUGAUCAAAGGCGCUAAGGCCGUGCGGCUUUUUUAUUUCCUAAAGGAUGGCAACCGUUCUAGAACAGAUUUGUGGCUCAAUGAAUUCCUCAGGGUCUUUCCUUCAAACCUCAACCUAAAAUUCGUCAGGGUUACCCAUUCAACCUCUCUGUCAAGACAGGUAGAAUUUGAAGCAAAUACAAAGGAUGUCAUUCCUUUGUUUUCCAUCACAUAUGUAAUUGCCAUACUUUUUUCCAUCCUGUCUUGCUUAAGAUUUGACUGUGUGAGGAAUAAAGUGUGGGUUGCCACCUUUGGUGUGAUCUCUGCUGGUCUGGCAGUGCUCUCAUCCUUUGGGAUGAUGCUUCACAUUGGAGUGCCUUUCGUCAUGACAGUGGCCAACUCACCCUUUCUGAUAUUAGGGAUUGGAGUCGAUGACAUGUUCAUCCUCUUGUCUUGCUGGCAGCAGACCGACGUCCAUGACAAAGUGGAAAACCGUUUAGCAAACACCUACAAAGAGGCAGCCAUCUCCAUCACCAUCACCACUCUGACCGAUGUCCUGGCCUUUUACAUCGGCCUGAUGACCCCAUUCCGCUCCGUCCAGUCUUUCUGCCUGUACACCAGCGCCGCCAUCCUCUUCUGCUACAUCUAUAGCAUCACAUUUUUCGGGGCCUUCCUGGUGUUAAAUGGACGCCGGGAGAACAGCAACAAGCACUGGCUGACCUGUAAGGAGGUGCCGGAGGAGGGCCCAGUGGGACAGUCGAAAUGGUACAACCUAUGCUGUGUGGGAGGGGCUUACGACCCCCACACGGGCAAAGAGGAGGUACAGCCCAUGAACCACUUUUUCAAAAAGUAUUAUGCACCCUUCCUGACCAAAUCUGGGAUUAAGACUCUGGUUAUUCUACUCUAUUCCAUAUAUCUGUCUGUCAGCCUGUAUGGGUGCUUUCAGAUCCAGGAGGGAAUAGACCUGCGCAACCUUGCAGCUGAUGACUCCUAUGUAGUACAAUAUUACAACGAUGAAAAGGCAUACUUUUCCGAAUAUGGUCCAAAUAUUAUGGUCAUCAUACGUGGGGAAUUUCCUUACUGGGAUGAGAAAAAUAGGUCGGCUCUUGAGUCAUGUGUUGAAGACUUUAAAAACCUUUCUUUUAUUGAAAAGGACAUAUUCAGCUCAUGGCUGAAAUCAUACAAAUACUAUGGACAACACACCAACCUGAAUUUGAGCGCUGAACCCAUUUUCAAGAAUAACCUUAGCUUGUUUUUGAGAUUCUACUCAGAUUUCAAGCAGGAUGUUAAUUUCACUAACAAUUCCAUACAUGCCUCACGUUUCUUCAUCCAGACUGUAAACAUAUCCACGGCCCUUGAUGAAAUGAAUAUGCUGAACAAAUUGCGAGAUACUGCCCAGAGGUGUCCAGUUCCUUUACUGGUUUAUCACCCUGCAUUUAUUUACCACGACCAAUAUGCUGUUAUUGUCACUAACACUAUCCAGAAUGUUGCAAUCACCACAGCAGUGAUGCUGGUGAUUUCUCUCCUCUUGAUUCCGAACCCAUUGUGCUCUCUCUGGGUGACAUUUUCCAUAGCCUCUGUCAUCUUAGGGGUCACAGGGUUCAUGGCCCUCUGGGAUGUGAAUUUAGAUGCCAUCUCCAUGAUCAUCCUUGUGGUGUGCAUUGGCUUCUCUGUGGAUUUCUCAGCACACAUCUCAUAUGCGUUUGUGUCUAGCAAAAAGCCAAGUGCAAAUGAAAAAGCUGUCGAAGCACUCUACCAUCUUGGUUAUCCUAUACUACAAGGCGCAUUGUCCACUAUACUAGGGGUUGUUGUGCUCUCGGCCUCCAAGAACUACAUUUUCAGGACUUUUUUCAAGAUCAUGUUCCUGGUGAUCUUCUUCGGUCUCUUUCACGGCAUCAUGUUCAUUCCGGUGUUCCUCACCUUCUUUGACAUGUGCAGUGGAACCCCUGCCAAAAUCCGUAAUCAGAAUGAGGAGGGCCAGGCCAUGGGCAACUGCCAAGCCAAGAGCAAGCAGAAAAAUGGGAGAGAGGACGAGAACAAAGACAAGCAAAUCUACGUCAAUCACUCGUUCUUGCCGGACAGCAAUAACCAGGUAUGUCAGUCGCAGCCAUGUUCUGCUAUCUGGAGUGUGGGCAACAACCAGCACACUGCAAUUGACCAGGUGUGCCUGGCAAGCACCAUCCCAAUGUUCGCGGUGGACUGUGAGACCUAUGAGGUCCACAUGCACACACCAAGCAACAAUGCUUUGGUCACAGAUAGCUGUCACCAAAACCAGGCAUCUCAGGAGGAUCAGAAUAGCAUUAAGGGAAAUAACCUAUCUGAUGGUAGUGUAGCAGUGUCUCCCAAUUGCUCUGAUGCGGUUAGCCAUGAAUGAAUUCUCCUCGUACUUUGUUACAUGUAUGCAAAUGUUUACGCAAGUUACUUAAUGGUGUGAAAGCAUGAGUUUGAAAAUACAGACCACAUUUGUUCAGGGUACACAGUGGUUUGGUUUUGAAACAUUAUAUAACAACUGGGCAUAUUACUGAUGGCACGUAAACCUGAACUCAGUAUAGUGUAAUUUUUUUUGUGGUGGCAGCAAUUCAUCUGUUUUAAAGGUUUUGGUUGGUCUGUAAAUAACCAUUGUAGGUCUUGAGGCUUCCCCUUAGCUAGGCUUUUGAGUGUUCCUGCCAGGUCCUUUGUGAAUGCUUGUUUGGGACAAAAGAGCUGGUCCGAGCAUUUAAGAAGCCUGGCAUCUAGGCUAGUUUUCCCAUUUCUUAUUUUUAUUUGUUUUUGGAAAAAAAAAUCCUAGGGUUUUUUUCUGACUGCAUGUGAUCUUUUGAAAGAGGGGUCAACUGUGAAAUUGUACAUGUGUGUAAAAACGGUAAUGUUAUUUUUCAAGUCUCUUUUUCAUUUAGAUGUUGCACAUAACUUAAACAUUAAUUAUAUUUCAAAAAGACUAUUAUUAUUGUUUAUAUUACUGACGUUUUUCAUUUUGUAAAAAAUCUGAUCAUAUGUUGAGAACUGACAUUUACUUGGAAAGGCCAGAAUAUAUUUAAAGUUAUGAAAACGAAAUGGACAUAGGAAACCACCAAGUCAGUCUUCUUUGUAUUAAGGCUCAUAGAUAACUGAGUCUGACAUGUUCUUCUUUUCCCCUUUGCUUUCAUUCAGUCUACAGUGUGAAUGGAAAUCUUUGAUCAAAGCUCAUUAUUUCUACUACUUUGCAGUAGAUUAUGCAGUGGAUUAGCAUGAAUUGAUGUCCAGGCAUACAUCAGCAGAGGGAGUUAUGCAUGUCCUCUACUCAUAUCAUGCAUUUGUGUCCAUAUUGUUUGUCUAUCAGUGU